AACGGCCGCGCAACCCCUGACAACGCUGUUCUCUACAACCCAAAGUAAACACAGCUGGCCGCGACCACCUCAACACCACAUACCCAUAGAUAACGCACCAUCAUUGCCACCAACGACAUCGACUUUCCUCACGACAGCGACAACCAGCCAUCAACCAUCAUCAUGUCGGCCCCUCCCAAAAGGUCAUCCUCUGCCAGAGCAGGCGGCGACAAAGACAAAUCCAAAGUCCACAAGCUCUCCCUCAAAGGCUCCGCCAAACUAGUCGCCGAAUUUUUCCAAUAUUCCAUCCAUACUAUCCUCUUUCAACGCGGCGUCUAUCCUGCCGAAGACUUCUCCGCUGUCAAAAAAUACGGCCUCAACAUGCUCGUGUCCUCGGACGACCAGGUCCGGUCCUACAUCAAGAAGAUCAUGUCCCAGCUCGACAAGUGGAUGCUCGGCGGCAAGAUCUCCAAGCUCGUUAUUGUCAUCACGGACAAAGACACCGGUGAACAUGUGGAGCGGUGGCAGUUUGAUGUACAAAUCUUCAAGAAGGCGUCCUCAUCAUCCAAGUCAAAAACAUCAACACCGAUCGGGGACGAAAACACAGGGGAGGAGAAGCCAACAGCGACCGAGAAGGAAAAGGACAAGACCGAAGCCGAGAUCCAACAGGAGAUUGCGGCGAUUUUUCGACAGAUCACUGCGAGCGUCACGUUCCUGCCGCAGCUGAGCGGGAAUUGCACCUUCAACGUGCUGGUGUAUGCUGAUGCUGACAGCGAGGUGCCCGUCGAGUGGGGGGACAGCGAUGCCAAGGAGAUCAAGGACGCGGAAAAGGUACAGCUGAGAGGGUUCAGCACGGCAAACCACAAGGUCGAGACGCUGGUCUCGUAUCGGUUGGUGGAGUGAGAUUUGCCAUGAGCAAACAUAGGGGCAGUGCAUCCUAUCUUUGCAUUGGCCACCAGCGCUGAUUAGGGAUGCCAAGGAGUUGGGAGUACUGGGAAUGGUGGAAACAUGGUCUUUUGUUUUAUUUAUUUACCUCUGUUGCUGUGCUAACCAGACACUCGCAUUUAUUUUAGUCAAAGAGAACAAGAUACAGCAAAUCAUUGCGCAUCCAUUUCAGAAGAAGCAUUC